AUGCGAGCAGGCUUUGGCGAAAUUGCUGGAAACCCGGAUGUAGAAAGUGGAAGUAGUGACACCACUAAUGAAGUGACACACAAGCCAAGAACCGAGCUGCCGUCAGCGUCGGAGCCUGGCGCAGCGAAGUCCUACCGUUGCGCGCUCGUGUUGGUCACCUUAGGAGUUGUCGCCCUCUUCAGCUUCGUCAUCUUGCUUGCCAGCUCGCACCGACGCACCGAUGUCCGCGCGCAGCUCUGCAACACGGAAGACUGCCGCGCGCACGCCAAGCUGCUCACUGAGCAUCUCGACUGGACGCUGGAUCCCUGCGAGGAUUUUCAAGCGUUCGUUUGCUCGGCGGCGCCCCAUUCCUCGGAACGAAGCGACCUCUUAAAGACGGUGUUUGACGGACUCCGGCUCUCCUGGUUCCAAGGGCUUCGCGGCAUGCUUCACGGCGGGUCGCGCAAACUUCCCAUCGGAAAGAAGGCGCUCACCAUGUACGAGAUGUGCCUGGAUCAGUACCCGUCAGACAAGCCCGAUCUGCCGUUUUUUCUCAGCUUUAUUAGGUUCUUGGGGAUGAAUUGGCCCGAAUCGCCACGCUACUUCGAACCGCCGCUCGAAUUCGUAAUCAAGCUCGCCUAUUUGUGGCAUUCCCCAUUUUGGGUGUCGGUGAGAGUGUUUGAGACACCGGACCAUUCUUUGUCGACUGCAAGGCAGCGGAUCCAGAUUCGGCCGAGCGCACUCGUUCCGACGUUGCUCCACCACCAUGUGAUCGUUGAAUCCGUGUACACUACGUACUGGAAGCAGUUUCUUGUUCACAUGUAUCCGGACGAAAGAACGAGACCCGCCAUGAACAACGCCGCUGUUUACGAGGUUCGCAACAUGGAGAAGUACAUACUCGAAACCUUUAAGUCGUUGGACAAUGCCGCAGUGCCGCGGCAGGCGGUGUUCUCAUUUGGCAACAUUCCGGCCCACGUUCCCAACGCCUCGGCUCCUGAAUGGCUUCGAAGCUUCCAGGUAUCCCUCCUUCUGAGACGAGAGCUCACCUUCGACGACGAAAUCGUCGUCAGUGAUGUCCGCCUCCUCCAGAGAGUCAGCGAGCUACUCAACAAGUACGACGUGGCGCAGCUGAACAUGCACCUGACGUGGCUAAUCGUGCAGUACCACUCUGCUGCGGCCGGUUACCCCAUGCUCAUCGAUUAUUACGGGAGCCAGGGCAAAGCCGCGUUGCGUUUGCCCGUGUACUGCGGCCACCAGUUAGAGGCAUCUUUCAAGGUUCUUGUUGCUGCGCUCGACUUCGUCUUCCGAUUCACGGCGAGGGACAUCAAGACCGUCAACAACGGCUUCAAUGACGUGGUUUCGGCGGCCGUCAAAAAGGUCAACGCUUCGGACUGGAUGGACGAUGAGAGCAAGGCGCGAUUAAGCGAGAAGAUCUUGGCUGUGAAGAAGUCAUUGUGGCCGCCCAAGGCUAUCGUGAACGCCGACUUGCUGCAGAAGCUGUAUGGUGAGUUCCCCGAAGAUACUAGAAGUUUUGCGGCCCUAUGGAUGGGCACGAGAGUGGCUGCGAGCCAGGUUACCAUGACGGGCCCAUACCUGAAAACGAUGAGGCUGCCUUGGAAUAGCCUUCCUGGCUACGCUUUCUACGAUUACGUCUCGAACGUUGUAGAGCUUGCCACCGCCACCAUCGCAGCACCCCUGUAUUAUCCGAACGGUACGAAGGCUAUGCUGUACGGUGGUCUGCUGUUCCUCGUGGCGACUCACUUGGUUCGUGCAUUCGACAGCGAAGGCCUGAGGUGGACACCCAACGGAACCGAAGUCCACAGCAUCCUGUCCAAUGCGACGCUGUCCGAAUACCGCGACAGGGAGCGAUGCCUGUACGGCGAUAGAGAGCAGAGUAUCUUCCCCGAAGCGCCCGCUGUUGCGAUCGCCUACGAAGCCAUGAAGCUGUCCCACGUUCGAGACGGCAGCGAACCCCUGGCGCUGCGCGAUGACCUCUCGGAAGACAAGGUCUUCUUUAUGACGCUGUGUUAUAUUUCGUGCGACAUCUCUGGUGACCACCGCUCCCCUGAUUUCGACUGUAACAAGGUGGCGAGGAAUUCCAGAGCUUUUGCAGAAGCUUUUCACUGCGCCGCAGGAUCCAAGAUGAAUGCCAAAAAGAAAUGCGAAUUCUUCUUUGGAUAA